ACAACCACUUGAUAUGACAUCUAGGCUACACGUUAUAAAUGAGGAAAAGAUAUUCAGUAACAAUCUAUCAAGCCAAUUAAAUCAAUGGCAGUUAUCCAACUCUGGUUUCAAUUACAACGUCCUUAGUGUAUUCGGUUCACAAUCUACUGGUAAAAGUACAUUAUUAAAUAAGCUAUUCGGUACAUCUUUUGAUGUCAUGGAUGAAUCUCAAAGAAGACAAACAACAAAGGGUAUUUGGAUGUGUAAAGCUCUGGAUAUUCCUCUCUUAGUUAUGGAUGUUGAAGGUACAGACGGUCGUGAACGCGGUGAAGAUCAGGAUUUCGAGAGAAAGUCCGCCCUUUUUUCUUUGGCUGCUUCCUCUGUCUUACUUAUCAACAUGUGGGAGCAUCAAGUCGGUUUAUAUCAAGGUGCUAACAUGGGCUUACUCAAAACUGUUAUGGAAGUUAACUUUUCCAUGUUUAUCGCAAAUUCAAACUCAGACAAUACCGAGAAACCACCAAAGACAUUACUCUUGUUUAUUAUACGUGAUCAUCUUGCUAUCACUCCGCUUGACAACCUUCGUACUACUUUAACAAAUGACAUAGAGAAUAUUUGGAACUCCGUAUCUAAGCCUGAGAACUUAACAGAAGCCAACCUUAGUGAUUACUUUGACCUUGAUUUUGUGACACUACCUCACAAGGUUUUGCAACCAGAGGAAUUUGAUCAACAAACUUUAAGAAUCAGAAAUAAUUAUUUCUCAGACAAAGAUUCCAAAGAAUUUGCUUUAAAACCAGAGUAUCAUAGAAAAAUACCUGCUGAUGGCCUGAGUCAUUAUUUAGAGACCAUUUGGGAUAAAGUACAAAAUAACAAGGAUCUGGAUGUUCCAACGCAACAAGAGCUCUUAGCACAAUAUAGAUGUGAUGAGAUCGCCUCAGAAACAUUGAAAAUUUUCCACAACCGAAUCAUUUCAGUAAAGAAACCUGUUGAAAUUGGGAAGUUUGUACCUGAACUCGGUAAAGUUAUGAGGGAUGCUGAGAAAGAAGCUCUAGAAAUGUUCGAUGAUAUUGCUUUCCGGUACGCAAAACCUGUAUAUGAUAAGAAACGUGAAGAACUUGUCGAUUCUAUACGUACCACCCUUUCACCACUUUAUAUUAGCCAAGUGAGGAACUUGCACAAGAAAGCAAUCGACAAUUUCAAAAAGGAACUUCAUACGAGGCUUAAAUCUGAUUCGUAUGAUUUCUCGAAUGUUGUCAAAGAAUCAUCUCAACAUCACAUCGAGACUUUUGUUGAGCAAGCUAAUGAAAUUACCUUACAAGGUACAGAUUGGUCAUACAUUGAGACAUUAGAACAACUCAAGUUAGAUAUUGAUACUGUUUCUGCUGAAUGUAGAUCUGAAGAAUUAUUAAAGCUUAUAAAACAGCUUGACCGUACAAUUCAGAAGGAAGCAGGUGAAUUUGUCGAAGUUUGCUUGAACCAUCCUGAUACAGACAUGUGGGAUAAGGUGCUAGGGCGUUUCAAUGCACUUUUAGAUCGUUCAAAGACAUCGUACAACAUGAAAGCCAGCAAAUUGAACAGUACACAGAAGGAAAUAGAUGCUACAACAGGAUCCCUGUUACGUAGGGCUUGGAUUUCACUUCGUAACAAAAUUGAAGAACAAUGCUCAGAAGCUAUUUUGCUUUUUAGAUUGAGGUCAAUCUUUGAGGACAAAUUUCGCUAUGAUAACAAAGGUAUACCUAGAGUUUGGAGACCUUCAGAUGAUAUUGAACUAAUUUACACUGAUGCGAAAGAGCACACGUUACAAUUAUUAAAGUUAUACCGCUCCAUUCAGCCCCAAGAUGAAGAAAAGGUAUUUAGCUACCCUCAACUGGAUGAUACUGUACAGGAUAUUAUCAGAGUUUCUGACGAAGAAGAAUCUUAUAAUUAUGAAGAAUCACUUCAGGUACUAGGUGAAGCUAAAGAAGCCCAGCUUGCUGCAAGAUUCAAAAAGGAUGCUGACGCAAUUUACGUUGAAGCUAAACGUAGUGUAGUCAGUUCAAUUUCCAAGAUACCAUUAUGGUUCUACGUUGCAUUACUAGUAUUAGGAUGGAAUGAAUUAUGGGCCAUCCUUAGUAACCCUAUCUAUUUAACGUUAUCGUUGCUAGGACUUGUCACCGCAUAUUUCGUCUACACCUUAAAUCUAGGUGGACCUAUUUCAACGAUCUUGGUGACAGUUGGUAAAGAAGUAAACAGGAUUAUCGUGGAGAAAAUGGUAAACUUGCAGGCGGAGACGAGAGACACGGCACCUACUGGAACCGGUAAAAACUCAGACACAUUGAAUGCUGACACUAAUUCAUAAUACUAAAAUAUUCAUCAUUUUGUAUUAGACGAGUAUGAAAUAUCAC